CCCCCCUUCUCCUACCUCAUCCUGAUAUCCCCAAACCACCAACCAAACACACACACCCAAACCCGACGAACAGCCGCAGCUGCAGGCCACGCAUCCUCGCCGUGAAUCUCCCACCGCGCUCCGGCGAUGGCAUUCGCGGUCUCCACCGCCUGCAGGCCGUCCCUGCUCCUGCCCCCGCGCCAGCGCUCGUCGCCGCCGCGGCCGCGGCCGCUCCUCUGCACGCCCUCCACCGCCGCCUUCCGCCGCGGCGCCCUCAGCGCGACAACAACGCCAACGCCGGCGCGCGCAGCACUGCCGUCGACGACGGGGAGGAACAGGAUCGUCUGCGGCAAGGUGACGACGACGAACAAUUACCCCUCCUCCUGUCGCAGUCGCAGGAGCACGAUGAUGCACGCCGCCGCGUGGCUGCUGCUGCAGCAGCUGAGCCCAGCAGCAGCGCGCGUGGCGCGGGCGGCUGAUGACGAUUCGUCGGUGCAGGUGAGCAAGGGCAGCGCGGCGCCCAACUUCACGCUGAGGGACCAGGACGGGAGGGCGGUGUCGCUGUCCAAGUUCAAGGGGAGGCCGGUGGUGGUGUACUUCUACCCCGCCGACGAGACCCCCGGAUGCACCAAGCAGGCCUGCGCCUUCCGCGACUCCUACGAGAAGUUCAAGAAGGCCGGCGCCGAGGUCAUCGGCAUCAGCGGCGACGACGCCGCCUCCCACAAGGAGUUCAAGAAGAAGUACAAGCUGCCGUUCACGCUGCUGAGCGACGAGGGGAACAAGGUGAGGAAGGAGUGGGGUGUGCCGGCUGACCUGUUCGGGACGCUGCCGGGAAGGCAGACGUACGUGCUCGACAAGAACGGCGUCGUCCAGUACAUCUACAACAACCAGUUCCAGCCCGAGAAGCACAUUGGCGAGACCCUCAAGAUCCUCCAGAGCCUCUGAUUCUCUUCUUCUUCUUCCUCCUUUUUUAACUACAAUCUCUCAUGUAUGAUCCAUCACAGUAUACCGAGAAAUUAAUCCAUCUGUUAAUCUCUUCUCGAUCGUUUUUCUCCCUCGGCAUGUGUAUAGCUAGUGUAUCUGUAACUCUGUGAGUAUAUAUACAGUCAAAAUCGGUGGGCUGCUAGCUCUGAAUUUUGCCGUAAGGCACUCUGAUUUUCUCUACUUGGAUUAAUUUACUAA